AUGUUCUUCAAUCAGCCCCCAUACGGCCAGGUACUAUACGGUCAGCCACCACCAUUGACACUUCCUGUCCGCCACGGCAUGUUCUUACCCAACGCACCUCAUUUCAAUGGCAAGGCACGACCUGGACCAGCAGCUUUUGCUUCACAAGGCUUUGGUAGACAUCCUAUGCCAACGAUGCCCAUGUUUGCGCAACCUCAAUAUUCAAACUACCAACACAUGAUGCCACCUUCCUUUCCGCCAGAUAGCUGGGUCCCAAUGCCAAACUUUGGACUGCCUCCUGGACUGCGUCCUGUUCAGCACGUUAGACACAAUAUCUUCUGGCGUUGA